UUCUGGAUACAAGUCCUUUGUCAAAUAUUUGUUGGGUGAAUAUUGGACUAUUUUCUCUCUGACUUUGGCUUGCAUAUGGUGUCUUUUUUUUCUUAAAUGUUCACUUAUUCAUUUUAAGAUAGAGAGGGAGAGAGAGAGAGAGAGCAUGGGAGGGGCAGAGAGAGAGAGAGAGAGGGAAAGUGAGAAUCCCAAGCAGGCUCUGUGCUGUCAGUGCAGAGCUCAACGUGGAGCUCCAUCUCACAAACUGUGAGAUCAUGACCUGAACCAAAAUCAAGAGUCAGACACUUAACUAACUGUGCCACCCAAGCAUCCCACAUAUGGUGUCUUUUUACUGGUGUCUGUGGUUGAGAAGAACUUUAAAUUUUUUUGUAGUUUAUCAUUUAAAAUAUUUUGAAUUGGAAUAUAGUUGACAUGUAAUGUUAUAUUAGUUUCAGGUAUACAGGACCAUGAUUCAACAAUUAUAUGUGUUACAAAAUGUUCACCAUGGUAAUGUAGUUACCCUCUGCCACCACACAAAGUUAUUACAAUAUUAUUGACUAUAUUCCCUGCAUGAUUUAUCAUUUUUUAAAAGUUUAUUAUUUCUGGUUCCUUUCCAGAAAAUCUUUGUUGAAGAAAUGAUUGAAGAAAACAUUUUAGGUAUAUACAUGAACUUUUUUAAUACUUCAUGAAGUGGAUGGUCUGUCAGACAACUGCAAAAUUGGGUUGAAAGCAGAAAACUUCUACAGGAUAGAGAAUGAACAACAAGGGAGAGGCAAAUAGAAAAUAUCCAAUUGGCAGGAGUCACAUAGUCAGCUUUGUGUGGGGUGAGAAGGCCCAGAGUUGGAGUGGCGUUUGGGGGUUGGCUUAGUGGACAUUCUGUGUGUAUGGUCAAGUGGAACACUUACAGGAACACAAAAGUUACCUGAGUUCUGUUUGCUGAUGUGGCACCCUGGGCACAAGUGGCUCCAUCUUGGGCCUAAAUGGUUUUUUUUUUUAAACAUCUUGAACUACUCAAGACUGUAAAAAUGUUCUCCUCUGCUUUCUUGUAAAGGCUUUAUAUUUGUAUUUUUUACAUCUAAUAUCUGGUUUGCUGACUUUCCUUAAAGAGUAAUGACUUAUUUUGACAUGCGGUCACAUUGCUUGUGGACCUUUCAAUCACAUUCUAUUCAGAAGAAACAUAAUAUCUGCCUCCAAUUUGUCCCAUGUUCUGACAUUAAGACACUCUGACAUUUUAUGUUGACCUGAUGUAGUUUUCAGAGAAGAUGUAAGCAGACCCUCGGUGACUGAGGAAACAGCAGUAGGAUGCUGAGAAUUUGGCAGGUGAUAUCACAUAUACGAUGUGCUGGAAGGCAGGGGAAGACUUUUCUGGACACAUUAACUCUUUUUCUACUGCAUUCCCAGCAUCUAAGGACACCAUCCUUGUGGGGAAGGGGAUCUGAGAUGAUUGAUAGCGGUCAUUUUAACAAGGAACACAGGUACUUUGUCUUUAGUGUUUAUGAGAAGAAAAUGGUAGAAAUGAAACUUUCUCACUUUAAACUAAUAAAAAAUGGGGAAAAUAGAUUAGAAGUUUGUUUUUAGUCUCUGGGAAAAUAAAUGUUGCAGGAUUGUGAUACCUAGAUACUAACAACGUUUUUGUGGAUCAAGGAAAAAAUAAAACAAGGAUCAUGGGUCAGGGGAUUCACAAAUCCAUAAUAAUAUCCAGAGUUCCAGAUCUAGAAAAAGGUAGUAGCCUAGAAAGAGAUAUAGCUUCUGCAAGAUUUUGACAAGUUCUUUCAUGUAGCAGACCCAAACUAAGGUCACUACUUGAGACCAAGAAUAAUGAGAGAUAGGGUUCCUGUUCAAAAAUGUAAAUUAAACACACACACACACACACACACACACACCAAAAAACUGGUAUCAAACCACUUCCUAGAAUUACAUUUCUGGAAAGUGGCUUAUCUAGAAAUGUAAGGAGAUAGAGAUACAUUCUGCCCCCAAGGAACUGAACCAAUCUUCCUUCCAUCUCAGUAACUAGAUCUGUGAUGUUCAUGGAAUCAUCACUGGAUCAGGAUCAGAAGCCACCACACUAAGCUUUCAUUCAAGGCAGAGUGUCUAGGAGAACAGGUUGAGGUAACUGGAAGAAUGAGCACAAGGAGGAAAUAAAAAAGAAAGAGAAAAGUCAGAGAGAAUCUCCCACUCAGAAUCAUGUUAAAAAACCAGCAGGAUCUGUGAAUACAUACAGACAUUAUGUAUGUGUAUUACAAUGUAGCCUCAAUAUGUGAAAUAUUAAUUAAGAAGCAAAGAGAAAUGAGCAUAACAAAAUGAGACAUUUAAAUCCAUCUAUUAUUGACACUAUAUCUAGAGAUUAAAUUAAUCAAGAAUAGCGAGUGUGACAAACAUCAUUUACAAACUCUGAAACUUAUUCUGCCUACCACAAGGCAGAAUAAUGGCCGAAUAAUGGCCACUCAAAUGGCAUCCCCAUUGCAAACCUCUGUGAUUAUGUUAGGUUAGAUGGUAAAGGGGGAUUAAGAUGACUAUCAGAUGAAACUAAUCAGUACACCUUAAACUAAGGAGAUUUUCCUGGAAUAUCUAGCUGGCUCAAAUAUAAUCACAGAGAUUUUUUUUCUUUUUAACAUUUAUUUAUUUUUGAGAGACAGAGAGAGACAGAAUGUGAAUGGGGGGGGGGCAGAGAGAGGGAGACACAGAAUCCGAAGCAGGCUCCAGGCUCUGAGCUGUCAGCACAGAGACUGACGUGGGGCUUGAACUCAUGAGCUGUGAGAUCAUGACCUGAGCUGAAGUCAGAUGCUUCACCAACUGAGCCACCCAGGCACCUCGAAUUCUGGCAUUUUAAGCUGUGGAGUCUGUGGUAAUAUUUUAUAAUAGCUAUAGAAAACAAAUAUUCUGCAUCCCACAAAAAAAGAAUAUUUGUAUUUUUUAAUUGAGGCAUAACUGACAUACAACAUUAUAUUAGUUUCAGGUGCACAACACAAUGAUUCAAUAUUUGUAUACUUUCGGGCACCAGGGUGGCUCAGCUGGUUAAGCCUCCAACUCCUUUUUAAAAAUUUGUUUUAACAUUUAUUUAUUUUUGAUAGACAGCAAGGGAGACAGAGUGCAAGUGGGGGAGAGGCAGAAAGAGAGAGGGAGACACAGAUUCUGAAGCAGAGUCCAGACUCUGAGCUGUCAGCACAGAGCCUGACAUGGGGAUCAAACUCACGAACUGUGAGAUCAUGACCUGAGCUGAAGUUAGACAACCGACUGGGCCACCGAGGUGCCGCUAGCCUCCAACUCUUGAUUUCGACUCAGGUCAUGACCUUGUGUUUCAUGAGUUCGAGCCCCACGUUGGGCUCUGCGAUGAUAGCACAAGGCCUACUUGGGAUUCUCUUUCUCCCUCUCUCUCUGCCCCUCCCCCACUCUCAUUCACUCUCUCUCUCUCUCUCUCUCUCUCAAAAUAAAUAAACUUAAAAAAAUUGUGUAUGUUACCAAAUGAUUCCACAAUAAGUCUAGUUAACAUCUGUCACCAUACGUAGUUACAAAAUAUUUUUUUUGUUGUGAUGAGAACUUUCAAGAUCUGCUCUCUCACAACUUUCAAAUACAUAAUACACUAUUAUUAAUUAUAGUCACCAUACUGUAUAUUAUCUUUCCAUGACUUAUUUAUUUCAUAACUGGGAGCUUGUACCUUUUGACUACCUUCACCCAUUUUGCCCACCACUCACUCCCCUCUUCUGGUAACCACCAGUCUGUUCUCUGUAUUUAUGAGCUUGUUUUGUGUUUGUUUUCUUUUUUAAGAUUCCACAUAUAAGUCAUAUAAUAUCUGUCUUUCUCUGUCUGACAUAUUUCACUUAGCAUAAUGCCCUCAAAUUCCAUCUCUGUUGUCACAAAUGGGAAGAUGUCACUGUUUUUUAUGGCUGACUAAUAUUUCACCAUAUAUAUCUAUAUAUCUAUCUAUGUGUAUAAUCCACAUCUAUGCCACAUUUUCUUUUUCAUUCCUCCAUGAAUGGACACUUAGAAUGUUUCCAUAUCUUGGCUAUUGUAAAUAAUGCUGCAAUGAACAUGGGCAUGCAGAUAUCUUUUCAAAUUAGUUUUUCAAACACAUUAUUAGUGAAAUUAAAAAUGACUACAUUAAUAGAGGAAUAUGUCAUAUUUAUAAUAUAAGGAUACAAUAUUAUAAACAUAUCAGGUAUUUCUGUAUUAAUGUACAGAUUCAAUGUAAUUAAAACAAAAACUCUAAGAGAGUGUGUGUGUGCGCGUGUGCGCAUGUAUUUAUAAGUUGAGAAACUGCUUAUAAAAUAUUUGGCAACGCAUAGUGCAAAUAAUGGCUAAGAAAUUUUGGGGGGGAAAGUCGAAGGUCUUAUAUCCCAAUAUCAAGACUAGAAAACUUUAAUUGUAUUUAUUAAUAUUGGUGCAAGUUUAUAUAAAUAGACUAAUUAAAGAAUACCACAUAUACAGGAACAUUCUUAGGCCUCUGAGAAUUCUGUCUCAACUUACUGUGUCUAAAUUGUCUAAACUGAAUCUCCUAGGGAUCUAAUAUCCACCCCUACUAAAAUCACCAACUUACAUUCCAUCUCAAGGGAAGGGAGCUAAUAUGUUUGACCUCCUCCCUUGUCUGGGGAUGAAACAAUGGUGGGACCCAUAAACCUGAGUUCUAUCUCCUGGGAAUAGAAGGUAAUGCAUAAAAAGGUUGUUUUUACCCUUUAUGGAACUUCUCCUCUGUUAAAAGUUUACUUGUUUCCUUGUUUUCCUUCCAAACAGAUACUUUCUACUAUUGUAAAGCAAGAGACAGAAGAGAAUUGGUUGAGUUGAAAACCACAGCCAAUUAGGGAAGAGAAAAAUGCUACACUGGCUCUUUGAUCUUUAUCAAAUAAUGUAGCCUUGUGUUGUGUGCAAGUAGGGUCUGUGCCCUGGAGGACAGGACUCCAGGAGGAAGGAGUCCUUCUAAUACCAGUGAUUCCAUAAAGAGACAGCUCCUGGCAGAAAACGAUUGAUUUUUUGUGCAGACUGACUAACGUGACCAGUAACACAGCGGAGAAUCCAGAAGGAAAGAAGAGCUCUUUGGGUAAAAGAAGUGAAGUCAGGAGAGAUUCAGGCUGAAGCAGCAAACUGCGCUAUGCUGGCUACCACAGACCUCAUCCUGUCCACUGCCACAGUGUCCAAACUGCUCAGUAACCUCUGGCUGGGCUUCCAGGAAAUAACCUUCUCUGGCUGUCUCACCCAGAUGUUCUUCCUCCACUUCAGCUUUGUAGUGGACUCAGCCAUCCUGUUGGCCAUGGCGUUCGAUCGCUAUGUGGCCAUCUGCUUCCCUUUGAGGUACACCACCAUCCUGACUCGGCAGGUGAUCAUCAAGCUGAUGGUGAGCAUUGUUGUGAGGAGCUUCUCUGUCAUCUUGCCAGAUGUUUUUCUGCUGAAACGGUUACCCUUCUGCGGGACACACAUCAUACCGCACACAUACUGUGAGCACAUAGGUGUUGCUCGGCUUUCCUCUGCUGACAUCUCCAUCAACAUCUGGUAUGGAUUUUCUGUCCCUCUCAUGACUGUCAUCUCAGAUGUGAUCUUUAUUGCUGUUUCCUAUACCUUCAUCCUCCAUGCUGUCUUUCACCUCUCAUCCCAGGGUGCCCGCCAAAAGGCCCUCAGCACCUGUGGUUCCCAUGUCAGUGUCAUCCUCAUGUUUUACACACCUGCCUUCUUCUCCAUCCUUGCACAUCGCUUUGGGCACAGUGUCCCUCGAAAUGUGCUCAUCUUAUUUGCCAACUUCUAUGUGGCCAUCCCCCCUGCCCUAAAUCCUGUGGUCUAUGGAGUGAAGACCAAGCAGAUCCAGGACAAAUUUGUUCUCGUCUUUUCUUUGAAGAGGACACACGGAAUGGGGAGGGCCACUGAUGGAGAAAGUUAGGUAAAUUAAUUAGAUGAGAUUUUGCAUAACAUAGGAGCUAUAAAAAUAAAGCUGUAACUCCAAGCUUGAAAUUUUAGAGUUCCAGCCAUGUGCAAAGUAGGGACAGGUGGGGGAAAAGGAGAAAGAAAACCUUCUAGACUUCCAGAAAAUCAAGGGUUUUCUUGGUUCAGUUUUCUCACCACUUGUAUGAAGAAGGUGAUGAUUGGUACAGAAGAGCAUUAAUACUAAGGUUUACCUCUUUCCUAUUGCUAAUUUUGAGAUAUUUGAAGGCUACUUAUUUCCUAAUAUACAACUCACCCCUUUGCUUCUGAGUUCCUGAGUUAAAGGCAAAGGCUCCUGUCUUCCCUCUUUAAGUAGCUAUCAAGUCUGUCUACUACAACUACUGAGCUUGAUGCUUUGCAGUUCAGUCCUGAGUCUGUACAUGAGUAAUCCCUCCUCCCGUGUCCUGUACUUGCUUUACUUUUUCCCCUACCCAUCUCAAAUUACAUGGAGCUUGUUUUCUUUUGUAUCUGUUUUCUUCAGUUGCACGCUCCAAGAAAAUUUUCACUACCUCAUAUUUUACAAAUAUUAAUUAAUUUAAUUAAAAACAGUUAUGGUUCAGUGGAUUAAGUAUCCAACUCUUGAUUUCGGCUCAGGUCAUGAUCUCACAAUUUGUGAUUUUGAGCCCCACAUCGGGCUCUGGGCUGACAGUGUGGAGCCUGCCUGGGAUUCUCUGUCUCUCCCACUCUCUCUGCCCUUCCCCUGCUUGGUUUCUCUAUCAAAAAUAAACAACAAAAAAAUAAAAAUAUUAACAAUAUUUUUUAAUAAAAAAAUAAUUAUGAGAGGGUAAUCUUAGUUCAUUUAUUUCACAGAUGAGGAAAUGGAGACAUACAAAGAUUACAGAAAGACAAUCAGUAGACUUAGGAUCCAAACCCAGGUCUGCCUGAUUCAGAAUUUUCUGUCCAAUUGCUUCCUGGGUACUACUAACUUGAAUGGCUUACAAACUCCUCAGACUUAAUUUCUUCAAAACUGACCUGGAAGCUCACUAACUUCCUUCAUGAAAAGUGCCCUUCCUUUUUGGUCUUCUUUUACAGUGAAUGGCACUACCCCCAACAUGAGUUCCCAAGCCAGAAAUCUGUGGCUUGUCCUUGAUUUGUCUUACAUCACCAUCCAACAAAAUUAAUUCAAUACUUGGGUGAAAUGUUUGAUUUGAAGGUGCUUAUAAGCCAUACCUGUAGAUAUAUACAUGACAUUCUAACCUUUACCCUGACCAUUGAACUCACCUGGGCCCCUUUCUAUUAUUCGUCCCUCUGAGAGUAUUUCAAAGUCAUCUUUUUAUAGGAGCUCCAUUCAAUCCACUCUCUCUGUUAAAGCUAGAGUGAUCAUUUUACAAUUCAUAUGAUACUGUCACUUUGUACCUUGAAUCUCUUCAAUAAUUCCAUUGCCUUCAAGAUCAUGCAUAAUAUUGUUCUCGGUAUCAAUGCAAGGAAUGGAAGAAUUUAAUAAAAAGAGCAAUCUUGCAUGAAGCUCAAAGCCUUUCAUGUAAUUUACAUUCAUUUACACUUCAUUUAUUUUUAUUUUGCUUAAUUUGCACAUCCCUGACUCUUUGAGCAAGUAAUUUCAGAAGCAAUGUUCUUUUUGUGUGUGUCAUACUCAAUGUCCUAUUAUUUAAAACAACAACAACAACAACAAAAAUAACAACAACAACAACAACAGCACAGGGUGCGUGGUGGCUCAGUCAGCUAAGCAUCUGAUUUCAUUUCAGCUCAGGUCAUGAUUUCACAGUUCAUGAGAUUGAGCCCCAUGUCAGGCUCCAUGCUGACAGUGCAGAGCCUGCUUGGUAUUCUCUCUCUCCAUCUCUCUCUUCCCCUCCCCUACUCUUUCCCUUUCUCUCUCUCUCUCAAAACAAAUAAAUAAAUAUUUAAAAAAUAAAACAACAACAACAACUUGGUGUGAGUAGAGUGUGUAUUGAGUGGAGUUGGGUAGGAUUCAUCUAUGUUCCUCUUAAGAAACUGUCCCAGGAUAAAAACACUCAUUUCCUAAAAUCUUCACUGAAAGAGAAGCCAUAAAUUUAAUCAAGAUGAGCAUUUUAAAUUACUUGGGAGUAAGAAGUAAAGAGUAAAAUUGGCAUAAUGAGAUAAGAUCCUCUGUGUGUGUGUGUGUGUGUGUGUGUGUGUGUGUGUCUAUGUGUAUGUGUGUCUGUGUGUGUGUGUGUUGACAUUUUCUUUGCUGUCUGUAGUGCCCUUAGGCAGCUCAGAAGAUACCCAGACGGGGCUACUUUAUCCAUGCCACAGUUACAAACCAUCAUACUUAUUUGCUCUUUAAUUUAUCUAUCCACACCUACAUUAUGAGCUCCUUGAAGGCUGAAACUUAGUCCUAAGCAUCUUCUUAUGCCCUUUGGUAUGAAAGUAUGUGAUAUAACAUGUGUUCUCAAUGUUUCAUGCACCUUCAAACUUCAUCAGAAACCCCUUCCUUUUUGCCAUUAUCCCUAACGUUUCCUUUCUUCCCUAUUCAGUUUAGAUUCCAUAGUAUAUAAUUGCAGUCAUUGUCUUGUUAACCCUAAACUCAACUUGUUCUAAAGUCAACUGUCCUCCUUACAUAUUCAGUUGAAAAAAAAAGGAAUCUUAAUGAAUCUUAGUGAAGUUAGCUCUGUAUGUUGGGGCAGCUGGAUAAAACGACUGUGCAAGAUAUACUGAUAUUACUGUUAAUAUAUUAAGACGGUACAUCACCAUACUUGCCAGCUUUCAGCUUCUCAAAUGCAUCAGAUUUCUCCUUUUCUCUUCUACCUGUGCUUUCUCUUUAUUUAUUUAUUUUUGUUUGGCAAUUCCUAUUUAGGCUUCAACUACAAAUCCCCUCAGAUAAUAUUAGAUUAGUACCUCUUAUAUACAUUCUCACUGCACAAGGUACUUUUUAUUUCAAAACUUACCACAACUUUAAUAAGAUGAUUGCUUGUAUACUUAGUUGUUUAAUAUCUAUUCCCCCAUUAUGUGUCAUCAAGGACCAGGUUCACGCCUGCCUGCCUUGUUUACCAUUGCAUUCCUAUCAUUUACAAUCUCUUAGGUUGUAACAGGCAUGCAAUAAGCAUUUGCUGAAUGAAGGAGUUGAAAUGUAUAAGUUUUAAUUAAUGAAUGAAAUCCAUUUGCUUAGAGGGAGUCUACCUGGAUUUAUAACUCUAAAUAAUCAAAGAAAAAUUAUGGAGAGUCAUGGAAAAAAAAUUUUUCCACAGAAAGGUGAUAGUUGUUUCCCCACUUAUAUCUCAGAGCUCCUCUUUAAAUUGAGCAUUUCCAAGUUAUCAUUCCCUUACUAUAGAUGCAGAAACUCAUUUCUAGAACAGUUAAAGUAGUUUGUUACAGCACAAGGGAGGGAUGAGUGGAAUAAGCGAUAAAUUCCAGAUUUUUAGCCAUAAGACAUUGAAAGUAAACUUCCUUCUUGAUCUGAUGGGCAGUUGUACACAGGGUUCUAUUGGAAGGCUGAGACCAUACCCUGGCUGGAUAGCUAUGAUUUUCAGAUUUGUGUGUGCUUUGUGUUAGAGGUUUGCUCUAGACAAAUAGAUUAGUAGCCUAUAGUUUAAAAUUGACUGAACACAAAAUUAGUAAUGAUUCUUCACUGAGGGAAGAUGGACAGAAUUGCCAAGCAAGAGUGAACAUUGAAGUAAGUAUCUAAAAAGAGAGGCCUCUUCACAUCUGGAGAGAUGCAGUCCCAGUGAGAAAUAGCUUCAGGGUUUUGUUAUAUAAGGCUAGAAGUAGAUGCAUUUCAGACAUUUAUGGAUUUUCCACUAUGAAAUACUCUCUGCUAGGGAUUCACAAGAAAAUGAAACAGUCCUUGCACCAGAAGUCUUAGGAGUUCUAUACUGAGCCAACACAUGGUAGAUAUGACUCUUUAUCAAAUUACUGAUCAAAUUAGAUAAAGACCCUGGUGAGGCUCAGGUGUGCUGCUAUCAUGGAUUCCAGAAUUUCCAAGCCAACACUAAUAUGAACAAAGGUGUAAGUUCCUAAGCUGGGAAAGUGUUAAUUUGGUCGAACCUUUGCUCAUGGCCUAGACUGACUUGGGGCCUUCAGACCUGAGGCUUAUAGGUCCCCUGGGUUCAGAGGGCCUCUGUUCUUGUCUCAAAUCCCCAGAGACAUAAGAGACGUACAUUUGCACUCCACUCCUCUGGGCUCUGUGUUGGUUCUUCCCUACUGUGAGCAUGAUCUUAUGUCUAUCCUUACUGCCCCGGGAACUGCUUCUUUUGUUCUUUGGUCUGAUUUUUACCUGCUGUGUUUCUGCACUCUCUGAUCAUCACCUUGCCUUUGCAAAGUAGUUCCGGGACCUGGAUCUACAAGGUAUAAGCCGGUGGUGAAGAAAGCAGAACUAUUAGGGAGUAAUAUCAGGGAGCAGAGCCAAUGAGAAUAGGAGCUGGUGAAGAGGAGAGGAAGAGUGGGGAAAGACAGGGCUCUGAGGAAGAGGAAUAGACAAGAUUACAAUUCUGCAUAUAGAUUAUAAAGAUGACACUCAUGCUAAGAGAAUGGUAUAAUAGACAGGUGUCUAUUAGGAGCUUAAUUCUGAGCCCCUCUCACUGUUUUUCCUCAAAUGUUUCUGGGUUUUUCUGGUCAAAAUUUAUAAUGCUACAGAUGUAGGUGCGCCUGGGUGUCUCAGUCGGUUGAGCGUCCAACUUCAGCUCUGGUCAUGAUUUCACGGUCCGUGAGUUUGAGCCCCGCGUCGGGCUCUGUGCUGACAGCUCAGAGCCUGGAGUCUGCUUCAGAUUCUGUGUCUCCCUCUCCCUCUGCCCCUCCUCCGUUCAUGCUCUAUCUCUGCCUCAAAAAAUAAACAUUAAAAAAAAAGAAUUAAAAAAAUAUAGUGCUACAGAUGUAAAAAUAAAUAAAUAAAUAAAAGAGAAUGAGUGGUCAUGAUACAUUUAGAACUGACCAUUUCAGGCUGGGGCCAGACAUAUGGAGAUUGAAAUUCCAUAUGCCACCUCAGAGAUUAUUAGGUUAUAUGUGUAAGCAUGACUUUGUAUUUGUGAGUGCAUUUAUGAAUGCACUGAAUGUCCUGUUCUUUUAGGAUGAUAGGGGCAAAAUCCACCCACCCUACACACCACAGAGAGACACAAAUACAAAAUAAAGUUGAACAGCUGCUUUCUGGAAUGGGUCUCAAAAGAAUCCUUUUGUGACCCAUGGACCAACCAUGGAUAGUCCUCUCCCUAAAAUGGGGCAGAAGAAAGAUAUUCACAUAGACACACUUAGCAUAAAAAAAAGAAAUAAAGGCAAGGUAUGGAUUAUAAUACUCCAUGAUCAAGGUAUUGCUGAAGGACCUGUCCUGUGUUUAGUUUAGUGCUGGAGGAGACAGAGAACAUAGAGAUAUAGCCUAUAUUCCUAGCCUUAGGAGAGAGGAGAAAAAUGCUCAGCAGUCAGUCAGAGACCAGAAACUAAGGUGGGAAUAGAAUGCUUGCUAAAUGCAAAAUCCUAUUCAGGAAACUGUAAUCAAAGAGACUGUGAUCAAAGAGUACUAAUAGAUUAAAGAGAAUGUACAGUUAGUAACACCAGGGAGGUUUCAAGAAUGGAAAUGUAAAGCCACAGACCUCUUUUUAUGUAUCUAGAACUUUUUAUGUAUCUAGAACUUUCCUCUAGGUGAGGAAAGUGCUACUAAUUUCCCACAUUUAGCUGCGUCCUUCCUUCCAGACCAUCUUUCAGUAGUGAGCGGUGACUGUGAAUCCCCUAGGCUUGUUUGGUGGGAGUCUUCCUCUCACCAAAGUAUUUAAAUAUGGAAGUAUUUAAUAUGGAAAGCAAGUUUUCAUGCUUUUCCAGAUCUUUAAUUUUCCAGAGUUUAAGUGGAGGGACCUACAUUAUAUUAUUACGGUAGGCUUUGAGGAUAUAAACUUGAGAGAGAGGUGGGAGAAUGGCAGGGUGUUCACAACACUAUUUGGAUGAUCCAGUUCAUUAGUGUCAAGUCCAAUGGGCCUCUGCCACUCAUUUAUUCAACAAGAACUUGUUGAAGAUUCUGUGGCAGACACUGUUCUAGGGAUAGAACAGUGAAAUAAGCAGACAUGAUAUCUAUCCUCUUCAAGUUUACCAUUUGUCCAGUGAGAAAGCUAAGUAAAAUAAGAAGAAGAGUGUGGGAAAUGCUCUGAAUGGCUACUGUGGAGUGCCAGCAGUGUACCUGGGAACAUUACCUAAUUUGGAUAUUGUUCAGGGAAAGUUAGCUAGAGAAAGAGAGAAAUGGACCAAGCUAACAAAACUUCCAAGAACAAAUGUAGGUGGAAAAGAAAUCAGACAAGAGUAUUCCCCAAAGCUGAAGUUUAAAUUCGGGGGUGACACAUUCCAUGGACUAAAGGUAUCUCACUUUUGACAUGGGAAAGAGCUUUAUGGCCCUAUGUGGAGCUUGAACCCAUGAUCCUGGGUUCAUGACCUGAGCCGAAAUCAAGAGUCAGAUGCUUAACCAACUCAGCCACCCAGGUGCCGCUAUGUAUUUUUUACUUUUUAAAAAAAUAUUCUGAAGUUUUGUUACCCAUUAAUUAUAUUACCAGCUGAUCUUCUCUGUAUCUUUCCAACUUCAGUAUGUGUGCUAAGGAAGCCAGCAGUAUUUUGGUGUCUUUUGAUUCCUAUACACAGGGCUCUACCUCAUUCUUUUUAGAAGUUAUAUACAGUAAAUGUUAAAAUCAUUCCCACGUUAAAAAUUAAAAUGGUGCCAGCUUUUCAAUUUUUAUUUUUUGAUAUUUUAAUUUCACUCAAAUUUUGUAAAUGCUGCUGCUGUGAAUAUCGUUAGGCCACUUAUUUAUUUAUAUAACUGUAUCUGUGGAAGCAUUCAUAUAUUUUGAACUUUUGGGACAAUGAAUAUGUGCACUUUAUGUUUUGAUUCAUAUUGGCAAAUUAGUAUCUAAGAAUGUUACACAGUAAACCCUUCUAAAAGAGUUAUAACAGCUCUUAUUUCCUCAGACCCUUCACAGAAUUGGCUGUUAUCACUCAUACCAUCAAUCUUUUUAAGUCUUUAUUAAUGGUAAAUAAUAUACCUCAUCACUCAUGUUUUAUAUUGAGCUUAAUUACUUAUGAGACUGAAAAUCUUCUACAUAUUUAUUAAACAUUAGAGUUUCUUCUCAUGUGACUUGAUUAUUCAUAUCCAUUGCCACUUUUUCCACUUGAUUAAAGGGCUUUGCUUUAGUGACU